AUGUCCAUGAGGAGCCCCGUUUCUCACCUGGAGCUCGAUGGAGCGGGCAGCAUGGUGAACUGCACCAUCAAGACGGAGGAGAAGAAGGAGGGCGGCUACGAGUCCCCGCCAAGGACUGCCCCCAGCACCGAGCCCCGUCCCAAUGACCCGCCGGGGCCACCGCCGCGGGAGGGCACCGACCCCCAGGCCCUGCCGCAGGAGUCCCGCUCGCCCGCUGGCGAUGCGCCGGAGCCCAGGCGCUCUGCCUUCGAGCCAGCCGUCAGCGGCCAGGAGAAGCUGGACUUCAACAGGAACUUGAAGGAGGUGAUGCCAACCAUCGAGAAGUUACUGUCCAGUGACUGGAAGGAGCGGCUGCUGGGCCGAAACACCACCGAGUCCAAGGAAGUGAAAGGAACCCAGGAGAGCCUGGCAGAGAAGGAGCUCCAGUUACUUGUCAUGAUCAACCAGCUGUCCACGCUGCGGGACCAGCUCCUGACGGCCCACUCGGAGCAGAAGAACAUGGCCGCGAUGCUCUUCGAGAAGCAGCAGCAGCAGAUGGAGCUGGCGCGGCAGCAGCAAGAGCAGAUCGCCAAGCAGCAGCAGCAGCUCAUCCAGCAGCAGCACAAAAUCAACCUGCUGCAGCAACAGAUCCAGCAGGUCAACAUGCCCUACGUCAUGAUUCCCGCCUUCACCCCCAGCCACCAGCCUCUCCCCGUCACUCCCGACUCCCAGUUAGCACUGCCCAUCCAGCCCAUCCCCUGCAAACCAGUGGAUUACCCGGUGCAGCUGCUGCACAGCCCCCCUCCUCCCACGCUGAAGAGACCCGCCGGCUCGGGCCACCUCCAGAUGCAGGAGACCUCGCAGCCGCUGAACCUGACGGCCAAACCCAAAGGUUCCGACCUCCCCAGUGCCUCCAGCUCGCCCAGUUUGAAGAUGAGCGGCUGCCAGUCCCUCACGCCGAGUCAUGGGGCCACCAGGGACCUGCAGACCAGCCCGUCCAACCUGCCUCUGGGGUUCCUGGGCGAAGGCGACGCUAUCACCAAAGCCAUCCAGGAUGCGCGGCAGCUGCUGCAUGGCCACAGCGGAGCCAUGGAGGGAUCGCUGAGCACCUCCUACCGCAAGGACCACGUCGGGAUUGAUUCUUCCCCAGUGAAGGAACGGAUGGAGGAGACCCCUGCCCACCGGCUGGACGAGGCUCUGUUGACCUGUGAGAUGGACGGCUCACGGCACUUCCCCGAGUCCAGGAACAACAACCACAUCAAGCGGCCCAUGAAUGCCUUCAUGGUGUGGGCGAAGGACGAGAGGAGGAAGAUUUUGCAGGCCUUCCCGGACAUGCACAACUCCAGCAUCAGCAAGAUCCUGGGCUCCCGGUGGAAGUCCAUGACGAACCAGGAGAAGCAGCCCUACUACGAAGAGCAAGCCCGGCUGAGCCGGCAGCACCUGGAGAAAUACCCCGACUAUAAGUACAAGCCCCGACCCAAACGCACGUGCAUCGUGGAGGGGAAGCGGCUGCGUGUGGGCGAGUACAAGGCGCUGAUGAGGAACCGGCGGCAGGACGCCAGGCAGGGCUACUUGAUAGGGCCCCAGGGCAGCCAGAUGCCCCCCGCCUCCUCGGACGUGCUGUACCAGCGGCCGGUGGGCAUGCAGCUGACACCCCCCCUGAUGGAGCACUACCUGCCCCGCAGCAUGGACCCCAGCAUGCCCGUCAUCGUCAACACGCGCAGCCUUAAGGAGGGCGACGGCGGAGAUGACGGGCACUCGGUGGCCGACGGUGAGAUGUACCGCUACAGCGAGGAGGAGGACUCGGAGGGCGAGGACAAGAGUGACGGCGAGCUGGUGGUGCUGACGGACUGA